CCCGCUUACAAAGUUUGCCUUUUACAGCCUCGCAGAUCUAGGGUGUAUUUUAUCACGCAGAGGGCACCGUGCGCCCGACAGAUCAUCAUUUUGGACGCACUGUAACUCAACUCGGGGUGCUGCAGCUGAAACCCAACGUUUCCUCCUCUUCCCAGACGCCGCCUGCAUGCUAAUGGAGGAGCUCGGAAUAGAAUGAGACAGCCAGCUUGACUCUGCGAGCGAGGAGGCGCUUUGUUUUCCUCCAGAUCAAAGCAACGAGUCGUCGCUGGGAAAAUUCCUCAGAUUUCUCCAUAAAGGCGCAUACAGGUGACAAGUGGUCCCAACUUCACCGCACCGCCUGGAAUCGGCGCGUUUUGCCCACAAGGGGUGCGCGGUACUCUUUUAUUUUUAAUUCUAUUUUCAUUUUUAUUUUAUUUUGACGCGAUAUUUCACUGCGCAGGCAGCGCAUCCGCGGCCACGCAUGACGCAUCCGAGCUUUUUUGACCGGGUUUUAAUGAUCUAAUCGGGAUUGUUCCGAUUUGGGUUAGGGAUGGCGCACCGGAGUGUCCCGUUUUCUGACAAGUUUCCGCUGCUGUUUGGUAUGUUCGUCAUGUCCGCCCGGCUUCAUGCGCGCCUCUCCGUGUAGAACCAGGCUCGGAUUCAGAAGUUGGCCGGGAAUAACAAUAAGCGGAGUGCGCAGCGCGGAGGACGAAGAGCAGAAGUGACAGCGGCGUUCACGGGGUGUUGAGCUGCUGAAUUUACUACCAGCAUCAUCAGCUUCUCUCUGCGAGGAAUAAAAACUGAGAGGGGGGCACUGCUGCUGCCCACUCUCUCUUCAUCCACACACUUUUUUGAUUUUCUGCAGUGAAUCCAGGCUUCUGGAAACGCAGCUGCGUAAAACUUGGCCAGAUCUGGUCACAUCGUCGCCUGUGUGCGCAGCCUGGAUGGAAAUGCGGCUCAUGGAGGGAAUUAAACAAUAAUAUAUAUUUAAAAAAGCAAGAGGGGGGUUAUUAUCAGUCCCUCUUCCAUUAUUUCCUCAAAAUGGAUGCCUACGACAGGCUUUGGGGACGCCACUGGAUAAGCCACAGUUGAGCUGAUCUGCUCGGCAUCUGAGAGGCGCUUGCAGGCGUGUGAAGUUUGGAUAAAUCUGAAGCGGCUGAAGGUGUGGGAUGCAGUCUGGAGCCAAGACGCUCUCCGCAGGUGGAGGGGCGUCACUCUGCUGCCUACUUCUCCUCUGGCUUAUCUACUCGCAUCUGCUUAGAGAAGGCCAGUUGGCGGUGGGGACCUGCGAGAUAGUGAUGCUAAACAGAGACAGCAGUGUUCCCAGACGGACAAUCGCCAGGCAGACCGCCCGCUGCGCCUGCCGGAGAGGCCAGAUCGCCGGCACCACCAGGGCGAGGCCAGCUUGUGUAGACGCGCGAAUCGUGCGGAGCCGUCAAUGGUGUGAGAUGACUCCCUGCCUGGAGGGGGAGGUCUGCAGCCUCCUGUUCAACAGAUCCGGCUGGACCUGCACCAGGGGCAGUGGUCGCAUCAAGACCGUCACGCCUUUACCCAAGGAGCCGUCGUAGGACCAAGGGGAAAACAGCAAGGUCACCAACAUCUUUUUUCCCCAAAAGGAUGCGGAGGCCAGUCACCACAUCUGUAUCCAUUCACCAACGGGCCUCACAUCAUUUCCACGACGACUGACCGCCCAGGACAAAAAAAGCUUCUCCGAUCACAACAGCGACACUUGUGAGAACUCUGAGAAGUGUUGGUUAAGCCACUUGAUACACCAUCAGCAUUAAACUUUCACCGGAGAAAAUUCACAUCAUUGAAGAAAAAAAAAAAAACCUACAAGGAACCGUUAUUAGCGGAGCAUUGAAGUACUUGGCCUUUUAAUGUUGUUCAUGUCAUCCGCCACCUGACUUCUAAGGGAAGGAUCCUUGAAGAUCUUUUUAUUUGUUCCUUUGUGGCUGGAGUCGAACUCUGCGAGAGGUUUUUUCACAAGCCAGCCCCUUUAUGUUCAUUACAAUCUCCUCCAUGAAGCUGUAAUAACCCAGCCACGUUUCUUUAAUGACACUUUGCUGCUAAAGAGUUGUGAAUUUACUGAGGCUGAGCCAGACCAUCUCGUCCGUCAGAUUAUAGCCUUUAACACCUUUCUCUCGUUUGACUCGGUGAAACUUUACGAGGCUGAGGAGGACACCGCAGGACCGUCACUGGGAAGCGGUGUGAAAGUCACAGAAGAGACAACAGGAACAAGUUGUCUCUGCCUCCUAAGUGAAAGACGGUUCUAUGUGGACGUUUGGGAUGACUUAGCUUCUAUCUUCUGGUUUUUUUUUUUUGUUUUUGGUGGUGCAAACAUAGACUAGCAGAGUGUUUUUUUUUUUUUGUCAAUGAACCUCACACAUAUUGUCAACACCACCGGGAGCAAUUAGCAGAUGUGGACCCCAGGCUCAUUUUGUGUGUUUUGGAAGAUGGUGCAUGUUUGCAUCUGUCCGCGUGUGUGAUUCACUGUGUGUCUGAGCGUGCGUGUGUGUGUGUGCGAGAGUUCAUCAGGAAACACACUGUGAAAUAAGUCCUAUCCAAUGCAUUAUUCAUACUCUUGUAUAUUUUUGGGACAUGCCCAGACCAGAGCUCGCCAUCUGGCGAAGACAAUUUUACAGAUGUUGGAUAUCGUUCAAAUCCUCGAUUUAACCUUUUGCUUUUUCUCGCUUUCCCUCUCCUUUACUAUUUACGGAUAUUUAUACCGGAGUAACAAAUGACUGAAGGCGGUCAAAGAUUGCAAAAUGUCCCAUAAGUUAAGUCCUGUAGUCAGUCUCUGUUCAUUAAAUGUGUUUCUGAAUCCUGUCGAAAUUUGGAUAUAUUUUGAUAUCGGAUGUUUGGGGCCAGGUCUUUGCGGGAUGUGGCAUUGGCAGAUUUAGAUGAUAGUGUGACUUAUUUUAAAAAUGUAUAUAGAUCCAUAUAUAGCCAACACAUAUAUUUUAUGUUCCCAUUAAAGGGCAGCAGAGUUUCAUGAUUUGAGUGGACACAAAAACAUUCGCACUUCUAACAAUACCCAACCAGAACGUUGUAAAAUGAGUCAACAUUGUGAGGAUACUUUAUUUUACACUUGUGGUUUUAGUAGGAAGACGGGAACAGUCUGCUUUAUUAUGUUGGGGUGUUUCUGUUCAUGUGUCCACUGCAUUAGUUUAAUUUCUUUCUACUGGAAAACAAAACAAAGCAAAACAAACAAACAAAAAAAAAUCUCCUGAAUGUCUCCAUUCACUGUAUGCAUUUGAGGCUAUAAAUAGAGUGUCUGUUUUUUUAAGGUGUUAAGGAUGAACUUGGUGUAUUUGUGUGAAUUGUUUUACACCACUUGAAGCCGGUGGGGUGAGACAGUUUUGUAGGCAGUAAAACUACUCGUUCAAACAUCUGUUUAGGCUUCAGAACUUGGUUUAAGGCGUAACGUGAACAAAGGCUUGCAAGAAAUACAAAAUAGCAAGUGUGUUUGUGAGAGAGUGGCUUCAUGUGUUCUUGUUUUUUUUUUUUUUUCCAGGUCAGCUAUGGUCUGUAUAGUGAGAAAAUACCCAUUGCCACCUUAUCCCGUGGUUUUGAUUUCAUGCUGCCUUUUUAAUCACUCCUUUGGUUUUGAACUCUGUAAAUAAAUUGUUGCUUUGAUUUGA